AUGGAUAAUUACAGGUCUCAAAGACGUAGUUUUAUUUCGUCUGGCAACUUCCAACGCCAGCAGGUUGGCGAAAACAAUGGAAAUUUAAUGAAUCAAGAUAUGUAUCCACCUAUCUUUAAUAAAAACAUUAACUAUUCUGAAAAUGGGGUUCAUCAAGGUAAUUUGGCCCCUGCUGACGGAAACUAUUCGAUGAAUCCAAAUUCUCCAAUGUAUUCUCCUUUAAAUCCAGCACAACCAAUGCAAAAUAUGUAUUCCAACUCGGGCAUGGUAUCGAAUCCAGAUGCAUUACAAAAUAGCACGUUCAGUCAAUUGAAUCAAUAUAGAAGUUUUGGUGGGAAUAGAAACUCUGACAUGGCAUCAACUAAUUCAAUAGAUAAUGUUACCGUCAAUGCAGGCCCCCAAUCAGUAUACAAUGGUUUCAAAGAAAAUCUCAUAUAUAAUAACAGGAAUGUUGUAUGUGAGUACGAAAGUAGCAGACAAUUGUUUGCACUAGAUUGGAGUGUCGAUGAUUAUGUCACGUUGAGUUCUUACAAAGAAGACAGUCUUAAUAAAUUACAAGUUAUACAUUCAAAUGAUUUAUUGACUUGGGAAAAAGUAGCCGAAUGCAAUGUCACUUAUCCUGUCAGUAAUAUCCAAUGGUUACCUUCGGUUCCUAACCCAAGAAAACUAGCAACAUCAUCCGAAUGUUUGAGAAUAUGGUCUUUGGAUGACAAUUCAAUGGAUAAUUCAUCUGUAUUCAAUAAUAAUAUAUCUAACAAUAGCAGACACAAUACCUAUAAAAAAUCUUUAACGGAACAAGUGAACCUGUCUCUUUGUAAAUACAAUGAACAGCAUCAAAUUAUCAAUAAUAGUACGAACUCUGUUAGUAAUAAAUCAAACGCAAGAUUGUUGGGUCAACUUCCACCAGUGACUUCAUUCCAUUGGAAUUCUAUCGAUACUAAUUUAUUAAUAUCUAGUUCCAUAGAUACAACAUGUAUAGUAUGGGACUUGCAAAGUUCAAAUUAUGUGAAAACUCAGUUGAUUGCACAUGAUAGUGAAGUGUUUGAUGUCAAAUUCUUAAUCCAAUCAACUCAAUUGUUCGCUUCAUGUGGUGGAGAUGGUAGUAUUAGAGUUUUUGACUUAAGAGCUUUACAACAUAGUACCAUCAUAUAUGAGACAGCAAAUGAUUUGCAGGGAAAUAAUACUUUUAAUAAUGAUGUAACAACAAAAAUUGACAACAGUUCGGCAAAUAGUCUUUCUCAUGCUCUAUUGAGAUUAGAACCAUCCCCAACAGACCCUAACUUGAUUGCCACUUUUGGACUAGACAAAAAAGCUAUAUUAAUUCUAGAUAUGAGAAAUCCAGGAGUUCCUGUUUUGGUUUUAAGCGGGCAUUCUCCAUCUGUUAAUCAAAUAAAAUGGCAUCCUAGCAAACCAUAUGUUUUAUUAUCAUGUGGUGAUGAUUGUCAAGUAUUGUAUUGGGAUUUGAAUAGUGAAUUAAAUCCUAAAGUAACCCACCUCGCAAGAAAUCAUAUGGAAGCCUCCAACAACGAUGCUAAUGAUCAUAUAGAUAUGAAUAACAGUAAACAAUUAAACAAUAACGGUGUCAAUUCAAUGAAUGGCAAUGUGGAUGAACAAAAUAUGUCAUCUGGAAAUUCUGAUUGGAAGUCUCAAAACGAAGUUAAAGUAUUAACUGUACCAAGUAUGUGUUAUUCUAAUAAAAAACAAGAAGUUAAUAACAUUAUAUGGAGACCACAAGAUGGUGAAUGGUUUGGUUGCGUUGCUGGUAAAAAAUUCCAAAAUGUAAGAUUGAGUACUUAG